AUCAAUCCGUUUGAAUGCUCCUACUUGCAAUACUCUUAAUUCCUCAUUCUCUUCUCAUCAUGCCCUCUCUCCCCAACCCCUCUGUCUCUCCUUAUAAGUAAAUGAAGAUAUGUAGGUGCUUUCAUGGAUAAAAAUUUGAAUGAAAUCUCAAGGCUUCAAACCCUUCCAUCAAUUUCAUUUGAGCAUUCUGCAGCUUGUAGGUAAGGUAUUAACAACUGGAUUUGGACAGAUGGAGCCACUUUGAAGCCAGUAGUGAAAGUGCCGUUUUAAAUUCCCUUAGUUCCAUGGAAACUAUAUAUAUCCAGAUACUGCUGAAUUUACAGACAAUCGAAGGUGGUUCUGAAGCUUAAUCCACCACUUAUUUCCUCCCACUGUAGUUUACUCGAAGUUGGCAGCAGGAAGCAUGGAUUUCUGCAGAAAAAAACAAAACAGGGUAAAUCAUCACACAGACUUGUUCCUUAUGGAUAAUUCCCGUUGGGAUAACCAAUCCAUCAUCAGAGAUGAGAUGAUCAGUAACUUAUCAUGCAUUUGGAGCCGACAAUAUGAUAAUUUCUCAGAACCAAACUGUGAUUAUUGUGUGGUAGGUGGCAAAGUUGAGAUGAUGAUAAAUGAAGCUUUGCUUAGCUCAAACUUAGAUCUUCUCCAUGGAAAUCUUAAUAACGAAGCUGCUGUAGAUAUUUUGCAGAAUCAAGAAGCAAUAAGCAUUGAUACUAAUUCUAUAGUAAUUCCCAAUUUAGUCAGUGAAGCAGUCAUGAGAGAAACUCUAUCAGCUUCUUAUCAACUGUGCUCCCUCCCUCCCAGUUUUACUGAUCACAAUUUCACCAGUUCUGAAGAAUUACAAGUCAUCAGAGAUACCUGCAAUAAUACUCCUUCUGGCACUGAUUCAGAUAACUAUGCUUCGCACAGCUCUAAUUCAAAUCUAGAGCAGCCACCAAAAGAAAGGCUUAGCUACAAGAGGAAAAGAGAAGAACAUUCCUCCAGCCUUCUCAACUCGAGCUCUUCGACUGCUGAUGGUGGAUUUCAAAUUGUUUUCGGCGACGACCCAACGAAGUGCAAGAAGCUGAGAUUUGAGAUUGAAAAGUAUGAGCCUGACACCGAGGCGAUUGUUCAAGUGAAAGAGAUGAUUUACAGAGCUGCAGCUUUGCGGCCGGUGAGUCUCGAGCCGGAGGCGGCCGUCGCGAAGCCGAAGAGAAAGAAUGUGAGGAUAUCGAGUGAUCCGCAGACGGUGGCGGCGAGGCAUAGAAGGGAGAGGAUAAGUGAGAGGCUAAGGGUUUUACAGAAGCUUGUCCCUGGUGGAAGCAAGAUGGAUACUGCCUCCAUGCUUGAUGAGGCUGCAAAUUAUCUCAAGUUCUUGAAAGCUCAAGUCAGUGCUUUGGAGAAGCUUGGGAAUAGUAACAGAUCAGUUGAUCAUACCAUGAAGAGUAUGCUUAAUUCCUUUCCAGUUACUUCCAGCUGUCAAUCUUUCCCCAUGCAAACUCUUUUCCCAUAAAAAAAAAGAUCACAUUUUGAUCCAGAGCUGAACAUCCACCAUGCAAUGAAAGCACGACUUUUAAAGUAAAAUGUAUGGUGUGUGAUCAGUUUAUGACUAGUGAGGAGGACUUGAGAGUCAUCAUAGCUAUGUAUUUUAAUUUGUUUAGGGCAAAAAUCCAACCUUUUACCUAAAGGUGAGCCCUUUAGAUUAAUUUGAAAGUGCUUUUAUCAUUAGCUUUAUUAGCUU